AUGUCGCCAUUCUUAAACGAUUUGCCUUGUCGAAAUCCAGAAAGUUUUACAAAAUUUCAUGCUCAAAGUGCUGUUCGUCAAACAUCUGUUCGACCGACAUAUACUGCCAAGCUUGAUUUAAAUGCAAAAGAAAUUAUCAAUGAUUCAGUUCCAUUACUUAUUCGUCGUUUAUCUCGUUUGCCAAAAGAUGAAUCACGGAAACGACCCAUGCCAGAUGAUGAAAGUGAAGUUCCAUCAUUUUCAAUUGAACAGUCGAAACGUAGUAAACAAACAGUUUCCACUAAUUCCGGUCAACAACCAACAUCAAACCCUAUUGAUUGCGACGAAGAAUUUUCAUAA